AUGCAUUUCAACACUCAGUUACUCAAAAGAAAACUCGACGGAGACGACCAAGUUGAACACGAUGUUCGCACAAAGCGUCACAACCACCUCCACUCACCGCCACUCUUCAGCGAUCUUCACUCGACAUCUACAUUCGCCAUCCCAAACCCUCAAACCUUUUCGUUAGCUUCCGCCUCUUCUUCCUCUUCAACUACACCUCUCUCAACAUCCGCGCUUGAUUCUGACUCCAUGUUAAUCGACGAAAUACCGCUCUUUAUGAAUCCGAGUGUGAUCGAUUCAUUCAACGCAAACCCAAACCAAUUCCAUCAUCAUCGCGGAGAAACCUUGCCACCGUUCAUGACAGGACGAAAUGCUGCGACUGCAGGCGUUGUCAGAGGAGUCACGGUAGCUGGUACGAGAGAGAAGAUUAUCAGAGUUGGUGGGUUUGGUGGUCACAUGGUUUAG